AUGGAUGACAGUCGCGCAGAUAAAAGCCCCACCCCCGGUAAAUCCCUGAGCCCCGCCCUGUUGUGUAAAGUGUGCGGAGACACAAGCAGUGGCAAGCACUACGGGAUCUACGCUUGCAACGGUUGCAGUGGGUUUUUCAAGCGCAGCGUUAGAAGGAAACUGAUUUACAGGUGCCAGGCAGGGACGGGGAUGUGCCCAGUGGACAAAGCACACCGCAACCAGUGCCAAGCGUGCCGCCUGAAAAGCUGCCUGCAAGUCGGUAUGAACAAAGACGCCGUUCAGAACGAGAGGCAGCCGCGCAGCACGGCUCAGGUGCGCCUGGACACGAUCGACGUGGACACGGAGAAGGACCACCUGGCCACCACGCGGGAGCCCACCUCCUCGUUCUGUCCAGUCAUCACCCGGCCGCUCAUCACGUCUUCCAUAUCGACCCCCUCGCAGCGCUCUGUGAGCCCGCAGAACAACCACCGUUUCAUGGCCAGCCUCAUGACUGCCGAGACCUGUGCCAAACUCGAGCCCGAAGAUGCGGACGAGAACAUUGAUGUGACGAGCAAUGAGCCAGAGAGGACCUCCUCAGAGUACCAGAUGUCUCUGUACCCCUCCAGCAGCCUUGAAAACGUCUACGAGACGUCCGCUAGGCUGCUCUUCAUGGCAGUCAAGUGGGCGAAAAACUUGCCAGUCUUCUCCAACCUUCCCUUCAGAGACCAGGUGAUUCUGCUGGAGGAGGCAUGGAGCGAGCUGUUUCUCCUGUGUGCUAUCCAGUGGUCCCUGCCCCUGGACAGCUGCCCGCUGCUCUCUGUGCCUGAGCUCUCCCCCAGCCUGCAGGUUAAGACCAGCAUCUCCGGCCUGGAUCUGCGUAUCCUGCAGGAGGUCUUCACUCGCUUCAGGGCCCUGACCGUCGACCCCACCGAGUUUGCUUGCUUGAAGGCCAUCGUCCUCUUCAAACCUGAGACGCGUGGUUUGAAAGACCCCGAGCAGGUGGAAAACCUACAGGAUCAGUCGCAGGUGAUGUUGGGCCAGCACAGUCACACUCACUACCCCAGCCAGCCCGUCAGGUUUGGGAAGCUGCUGCUGUUGCUCCCCUCCUUGCGGUUUGUAGCCUCUGAAAGAAUAGAACUUCUGUUCUUCCACCAGACCAUUGGUAACACCCCCAUGGAGAAGCUGCUCUGCGACAUGUUCAAGAACUAGAGAGGGGACAAGACCAGAACAACCGGGGGUCACCUGGAUACGAGACCUGCAAUCUGCCUGAAAGACCUGAUUAAAAACAGUAUUUCUCUUAGUGUUUGCAUCAGGAGUUAGGUGCAUUCUCCAUAAAUUCCAACAGAUCCAAUUCUGGGCUAGCCGGUACUGUGGCUGCUUGGGGAAACAGCCAAUCAACACGAUAGUGAGACGAAGAAGGAAUGGCAACUCAAACACACCAUCACAGCAGAACAAACAGCAAAGCAGAUAAGACUGGCACUUCUAGAUUGUGUGUGCUGGUUUGAUAUUCAGAAGACAGUAACCUGUGCUUGCUCCCAUGUACCCAACCAAGGGAAGAUAUUACCUGCACCACUCAGUAAUCUGCUGCAGGCUGUGUGGAAGCUAUGCUACUGCAGACAUUGCAGUACUGAAACAGAGUGAGCUCAAGCAGCGUAAUAUAUUGGUAAUGUUUUAGAUAAACCGCUGCAGUGUGAUGACUGUAAUUUUUCUUCUUUAUGCAAUUAUUAUUUAGGACCAAAACAGUUUUUUAAAAGUAUUAAACUAUGAGAUGGUUGUUUCUAGAGUUUACACCUAUGGUUAAGUAAAUACAUUGAAAAUGAAAUUGGUUGUUUUCUAUCAGCCUUGUAAAACAAAACACCAGGUUGUUUGGUAAACUAGAAUUCUCACCAAGGAGCAGAGAGCAUUCUGAUUUUAAAUGCAGUGGCUAAUCCCUAUUCAGCCAGCAUGGGGAGCCAAUAGGCAGGAAAUCCUAUACAUAUAUUAAACAUUUAGAAGUGCAGUCAAUAGCUUUAGUCUUUUUUUUUAAUCAAAGAUAUUAAGACAUUUUAAUAUACAGAUCUAAUGUAUUUCAGAGAAAAUGUUAUGUAGAAACAUCAUGUCCAAAGAUGUGCAUUUUGCAUUGCUACAGAAGGAUAAUAUACCCAUUUGGCUACUAUAAAGUUGUUCAUCCACUAUCUAAUAAAUGUUAAAUUAUUAUAUUGAUUAUAUGUCUAAAUAUAACAAAUACAGCGCAUCUCCCUAAAAUAUCUUUUGACCAUUUAUCAUUUUGAAGUCAUACAGUUUACAUUAUUAUUAUAAAAUGGUUUGAAUGAAAACAAUGAAGCAAGUGGAGAAAGCUUUUGGAGACUCAUGAAUAGCAGUAUGGAUUUUAUCAUCAGCUUAGCUUUUAUUUAUUUACUUACAAAUUCAAUUUGACAUAAUGGUCUAAAAUGUACUGAAGCACUAUGCUACAAAAUAUGGUUUCCAAAUAAGGUGUCCAGUAUUUGAGGGGUCCCUGUUGCAAUGUAACCGCCACAGUGCGUGGAACAGCGUGGUCGCUCACAUGCAAGACCAUGAAAUUAAUUACCAAAUUAAUGCAACCUGCAGGGAAUUCAGUGCCUGUAAUUAAAUGUGCAGAAAUGAAGGUUUUAGCACAAGCAUGUUUGUGAAAUUCAUCCCCGCCAAGGCUGUGAAUUCAAAAUGAGAUCUAUCAGCAACAUGAAAAAGUGGGUGUCCAUGGUCUGUAUCCACAAUAUGUAAAACAAAUGAUUUUGAUGCUCUCAAUAGCUUGUGCUACAAUAUAUGCAUAUCAGGUCACAAAAAAAUGCCCCUCUUGUAAAAACGCUAUGGGACACAUGGAGACAGAUAGACCAUGUCCCUGACAGAGGUGGUUAUUUUUGGGUUGAUCUAGCACCCAAAAAGGACCAACAAUGUAAUUUCAGACAUGUCGCCUAAUGAGGGUUAAAGUUCCUAAGUUACAAUGGAGAUUUAUGGAAUAAACUGCGUCAAUCAUGAUCUGACAUUUUUAAAAAUGACAGUUCACCUCAAAACUUCCGAAAAAAGAAUGUCACAGUGAGCUGCUGUUCCCGGGUUCAACUGACUAGACACCACUCUCAUGGAGAAAUCCUCGACACACUUAUUUUUGUUCCAGCUUUUUUCUUUAAUAAGCUGAUGAUUAUUUGUUCAUAAACUUGUUUGUACAGCCACAGACAGAUAUAUAUUUUUUUAAGAAAUAUUACACAAAUUGCACUUUAUACAUAUGACUGUGUCUCCAGAAUAGCUCACAUUGAAAUACAAAGCUCGAGUUGGAUUUACACAAUUCUUACAGGCGGUGUGGCCAGUUAAAACAUUAGACUUGAUUACUAAUAUAUAUAUAUAUAUAUAUAUAUAUAUAUAUAUAUAUAUAUAUAUAUAUAUAUAUAUAGCGUAUUACACAGGAUAAUAUAUCCUUUACAAGAGGUAAUUAUUCAAAUGUACACCCCUAAGCAUAAUCAUAAAUUACUAUUUAAAAAAAAAAAAAAAAGCAGGGCAUGCCUUUUCCAGUGACUAGUACAUUCACUUUUUGCAGGAUGCCAAGAAUAAAAACAACCCUUUGGGACCAAAGCUAUCAUUGAGCAGACUAGAAAGAAAGGCAUGCUGUACCACAAUAACCUCCAGGGGGCUCUAAAUCCAAUAGGCAUUCCAGGGACCCUCACACCAGCAGAGGGCAUCGUGGGUGCCACACUUUAGAACCCAGCAGUGCUUGAAUUUAAAUUAGCAAUGAAAGCUGCUAAAAACUAUGCUGUGGCCUUUACAAAGCACGCACAUACAAAAUAUGAACCCUGUAGUAGAAAGGCAAUGGCAAGUAAGAAUUUAGGCUUGACUUGAAAACACACUCUUUUCCUUGUCUUGAGAAAGGUCCUCAGCAUGUGCCUUAUGGAGGACAGAAAUAUCUAAGCACUUGAGGCAAGGAAAAGUGAUAGUAAACCUACUCUCAGGAACAAAUCAAAUAAAACUCACAAGGUUGGUGAAAGUACCAGUGUAAGACUGGAGGGAAGGAGCUUAAGGUUUUUUUUUGCACUGUAAAACUGGGUUUCUAUAAUAAUAUUGGCAAAAUGUAACUCAAGGAGGUUAGUCUCCUGCACACUAUGGGCCCAGUUUUCCGCUGUGGGUCAAUUGUCCAUUUAAUAUAUUUACAACAAAAAAGGUUAGUUAUGGCAAAGAUUCCCUUAUGUAAUUUGCUGGUUUCAAAGACCCUGAUUGGCACUAAGGUAUCAGUGGGCAGUGCAAUCUGGGGCUCUGAAACCAGCACUCAGUUGUUCAAUAGUGCAGGACACCCAGAAUUUAGAUUAUUUUUUAUAGGAUUGGUUAAUUGAGAGUGAUAUUGUGCUGAUGGGGCUGUCCCGCCUCACAAACCCUCAAACUCCUUUAAAUGCCAACUAGGUAUAAGCUGUAAACAUGUACAUGGCUCCCAUAUUGUAUGCCCGUUGGUAUGUUACUACCUAACACACCUGAUUCCUCGAAUGUUCCUGGACAUACAUGACUUCUUUCAAGUGCAAGCCAAAAUAAUUACCUGUUACAGCCUCGAAUGAAACCUGAUUUUUGAAAGUCAUACUUAUUCACUAAUUCUCAAUUAAGGUAAGCUUUGCUCAGACAGAGAAUGGUGCAGAAGCACAGCCAGGGAAUCACAUCCGGCGGUCCCAAAGGGUUCUAUGGGUAUCUUGUCAUCAACACACUACCAGAAAAAGAUAGAUCUGCAUGCGUAACCAGGAUGGGGAACAGACAGUGGCCAUCUAGGGGCAAUGGAUUUGGGAAAGGGUUCUUUUUAAAUGGCAAAGACUCCACAUUCAGUUCUGUAAUACUGUCUACGUAUUGCUGUUAGACACAGAUAAAAGUAGCAAACCUGUAAAAAUGAAGCAACUGGAGUGGCGCUUUUAGAAUGACAGAAUUCAAGAUCUCUGCAACCUAAAAACAUUUAGGGUACAAACUUAAUCAUUAGGCAAUUGCAAUUCAAUAAACUGAAUCUAGAUUUGCAAUACAAAUACAGGUCGUUAGCUAUAAUAAUCUUAUAUCCUUAAACAACUUCCUGCCACUUUUGGAAUGGUACCUGUGUUUGCAUCACAGAGGCUCAGCGUUCUACUGUGAACGAGACAAGGAGAUCAGCCAUUUUUCUGCUUUAAUGGAAUCCCUGUCAUCCUUAUGAGACACUGGCCUUUGAGGGUGAUGCGUUUAAUACGAAUUUUUAUCAUCAGCUCUGCUGAAUUUAAAGUUCAUGGCAUGUUGCGUCACACCAAGAAAACAAACGAAUGUGGUUGAAAUUUUAUACAUAUAUGUAGCUGAUGUAGGAUAUUCCGCCUAACUUGGGUGUGUGGUGACUUCUUCCUUUUUAAAUGGCUGACGGACAAGUGAUCACGCUAAAAUAUAUAUUUUACAAUUCUAAUGUAAUUAAGAACAUGGAACAUCUCCAUGUGUCAGGCUAUGGUCCCUUUACUUUACAUGGCCUUACUUAACAGUGAACAGGCAGACGGCACCUGAAAACCUGUUCACAGGGCAACUCCACUUCCAAGGAACGCAUUCACAGCCCUUCACAUUUAUGUCCAUUUGUAUAAAUUACAUUGUUUACGCUCUGAUUCCAGGAAUUACAGGCAACUCUCUACAUAACUGACCUAUUCGGAAAAUCUAGUUUUUGCAGAUACAAAAGAUGAAUUAGGAAGAGUGCUGACAGUGGCAGCCUUAACCAACACUUACUCGCACGCUGCUCUUCAAACUCUAGAAUAAAUUCACCCCCUUGAGAAGGACUUUCAUUAAAAAACUACAACAACUCUACAACAUUGACAUAAUAAAAUAACAAUAACAAUAAUAAUAAUAAUAAUAAUAAUAAUAAUAAUAAUAAUAAUAAUAAUAAUAAUAGAGAAAGAUUCAAGUCCUUGUUUUGUUACUUUUUGUUUAACACUGAUGUCUAGGAGGAAAACUGUUGGGUCACAUUUUUGGAAAGAAAAUAAUAAUUUUGGCAGAUAUUUUUUGUACAUGCAUUACAUUAUUGUUGUACAGUGAUUAAAUGGUACAUGCUGUUGUUUAACACAACGUUUGUCACUUAGCUGGGAAUCCCCCCACCACAAAAAAAAAGAAAAUACAAUGGCCAGCUAAGUUGGUCCCUUUGAUGGCGAUAUCUUACUUGAAAAGUAAAGAGCAGCACAACCUAUGAACAUAAAGUGGUUUUAAAAAAAAAAAAAACAACAAAAAAACAUACAAACACACAGAUAACCCCUAGCUCCACAAUCCACAUUCCUCAUGGCUAACACACAUAAAUAUUUCGCUUCAACUACCCAGCAGCCACUGGUGUUCCGGUUUUAUACAAUUUUUAUUA